AUGACGAAUGAUACCGCCCCGGGGGAUAAUUCCGUCUUGGAGCCUAUCGCGAAGUUUGCGCGGCAGCUAUUAACGGGGGACGACAAACUCACCAAUAACCUUCUCCAGGAUCUGUCCAUUAUCGGGACCGACGCCACGGGCAAUCCGACGACCUUUUUAAGAACCAACGCCGGCGAUGAUAAUCCAUCACCGGUGCAUCUCGGCGUCCUGCGGGCUCUGUUUUUUUUCUGUAAUUGCCUGUGCGGAUCUAAUUUCCACCGGCGCCCAGAGUUUUUUGACAUUUCUUUUGAUUUACUUCGCUUUGUGUACCUUUAUCAUAGUGAUAUAGCAUGUCUCGUGACCGAUGCGAACCUGCUUCUUCGCCGCAUCCUCACAAGCGGCACCGGCGGCAGCGUUUUUCUCGGCUCGGACAAACUUCUUGCCGUGGUUCGGGCCAUCGCGCAGGAUGGCAUUCCUUCCUUUCGCGCGGUCCACAAAUUGGAUCCGGCGAUGCCGCUUUUACCUCGCGAGGUGCGGAGUGGGUUUUAUACUGCCUUUAUGACUCUCGUCGAGGCGCGCGAGCAGGCGGGGUUUCAUGUGGAAAAUGUCGUAUCCAAGUUAUUCACCCAAAUGAUUUCGCCGGAGGGUUUAUUUCACAACCCCGCGCAGACCUUUAUCGACCUCACGGCGCUCUCUCGUGGGGUGAAGCGACCGACUACGCUUUUGGUGAUUCUCGAACGCGUAUUAAACUGCAAGAAUGAGUUUAUACAGGUCAUGAAUAAAGACGUAAACUGCGCGACCCUCGUUGUGCGUUGGCUAACGGCGUUAUGUACCCUAGGCCAGAACCUACUGGAGAACGGUCCUAUAGGGGAGAUGCAUUGCUCUCUGAGUAGUUUUGUGAUGCGGAUGUUGAACCACUUUUUCGAUCUCGUGUCCUUUCCUUCCUCUUUGGCUCAGCGAGGGGACCUCGACGAAGGAUGCGGUCCCAACGGGGAAGAUUCUGCGGUCCAUUUAAAUUCGAUGGUGCUGUUUGAUUUUGACUCCGAACGUGUGGAGGCGACCGUGGUGUACGACCUUUCGGACUUCCUCUACUGCAUGUGCUGCGCACCAUGGAGCAAUCUAGGGAUUAUGCAUUACUAUGAACGACACACCGUGGAGAUGUUUUUUACUGGGUCUGUGCAGUUUUUUACUUUUCUUCCGGUGGAUAUGCUCAUGUCGAGCGAAAGCGGGCGAAAUCGCGUCUUCAGCGCCAUGCUCGCGGCCUUGACCACGGACGGUCCCGUUUUUCAACAACUGCAUCAUCUUCUCGUUCGGCAAAAUAUGUGGGACCGAAUUUUGCGGUAUCUGACUAGGUGCCUUUCCUAUUUUUACCUUCCCGCGAUCCUCAAACUAAUGUUCAUAAUCGUGCACAACGAGACCAUUAGCGGAUAUAAUGAAAAUGACGAGGAUUCCAUACCACGAACACCGCCGUUAUCUUUCUAUGGCGGUUUAUCGGAGAGAACUCUUAGCCUUGUUCUUCGCGAGGUCGUUCUGCUCGUGGCAAUCUCGCCGUAUUUGGAGAAAAACGAAUGCGCCCAUGCCUUUUUCUUGAUCGAAAAAUGCUUUAGGCGUGCCCCUGCAUUAUCCACAGACCACUUUGUUCGUCUCCUUGAUGUGUGUUCUGCUUAUCACAGGGUUCGCAUUCGAUACAUAAAGAACAGUGUCCGAGAAGGGCAUGAUUUUUCCACCUUAAUGAAUCUAUACUUAGGAUGCUUUGGUCAGUCCUCUAAAGUAUCUAUCCUGGCAGCGUGGUAA